AUGAAGGACGAGAAACGAUCACUUCUGAUUUGGCCCAGGGGUAGAAUCAAUGCCUUCACCCUCGCGGGAGCGAUGGGUAACAGCGAGUCCAAGCUCAUCCUAGCAUGUGUAUCUCUCGUCCAGCAUCUUCAACUCAAAGUAUGUUGCGGGCGAGCUAUGUGGCCAUAUCGCGAUGGUCUAGUGCGUUUGGUGCCACACCAGGGGAACACAGAAGUGCGCGAAGCUCGACAGGUGGCCCCCGAGGUCGUCAAGCUGGUUAUGCGAUGGCUAUAUCGUGCGCGUUUCCGUGAUCAAGCGCAAGGAUGGGCUGCAGGUCGACAAGAGCUACUUGAUGCAGGUGAACAGUGGAAAGGAGCAUGUACCAGUGAGGUAGAGAGAGGUCAGAGUGGAUGGGAGGGAAUUGACAUGCAGCCACUGGCAGCAAUUGACGGUGUGCGACUCGGCAGGGGGGCUUUCAGUGGAGGAAGUUAA